AUGGCGCGUCAACCUUAUGUCAGGAAUCGUUACAUCUAUCAGCCUUCGCUGCCAGGCGCUAUUGCUUCAUGCAUCGUCUCUUUCGCACUGACAGUCGCCCUGUCGUACCAAAUAAGAAAGUAUCGCACCAAAUAUAUGAUCAUCCUCGCGGUUGGUACUGCAGCAGAGUCGCUUGGCUAUGUGCUACGGUCGCUUGGCGCAUCGGGCCGUGAGUCCAGCUUCCCCUUGUAUCUUCUGAUGCAACUGUUUAUUGUUCUUGCGCCACUUGCUUUCAUGGCAGCGCUGUACAUCAUUUUCGGACGUCUUGUACGACGUGUUGGUCAGGAGAAGGCGUUGAUACCACCUGCGUGGUAUGCUCGUUUGUUCGUCACGUGUGACAUCUUGUCCUUCCUCAUUCAAGGCGCCGGAGCAGGAUUCAUUGUAAGUGACAACCGCACCACAGCCAUGGCAGGAAAGAAUACCUUGAUUGGCGGUCUUGCAUUCGGUUUGCUCUCCUUUGCCUCGUUCUGUGUCAUGGCGAUUUUGUUGCACUUGCGUGUACUCAAGGACAAGAAGCACGAUGCGCAUUUUCGACCUACGGGCAUGCAUGAAAAUUGGCAGACAAUAUGGAUUCCCCUCUACAUCGGCAUGGUCGCUAUUCUGGUGCGAACUAUUUUCCGGUUGGUUGAAUUUAGCCUUGGCUGGUUCGGCAAGGUCAAUUCUACAGAAUGGUAUCUCUACGUCUUUGACAUGGUUGCCAUGGCCUUCACGGCGAUUGCCUUCAUUGUCUACUUUCCAGCACGCUUCGGUCUUGAUCAGAGCCUUGAUGGUGUUCGUGGCGAUGUCGAAAUGGCAGCAAGUCCGACAGGCGGCAGUGUCACUGAAAAGACUAGCCCAGCAGAGCUCGUCAGCAGAUCACCUGUUCUAUAA